AUGUCUGAAACAUUAAAUUUAGAAAGCGAUUUAUGUCGGUGUUGUCACGCACAAGGCGGCUUUGACAAUUUGGCGGUUCCGCAAACUUAUUUAGAACAAGUAGAAAUUUAUUCAGAUAUGCUAAAGGAAUGUUUUAAUAUUGAAAUUGCUCCAGUUCCAGGAGAAUUGUGUGCUCUGACAUAUAAAAUAUGUAAAGCUUGUAUAAAGAAACUUAGAAAUGCCAGUAAUUUUAGAAAACAGGUUAAGAACUGCGAGGAGAGGUUCCUUGACAUGUAUUAUACAAAUAGGAUAAAAGUGUUUAAUUCUAGCAUAAUGCCAGUUGUUAAGGAGGAAGCACAAGAUUUGGAUAUUGAUGUAGAAGUAUUCAAAGAAGAAACACCACACAUGGACGAUAAUGGCGAUGAAGACUUUCAUUUAAGUGAUGAAGAUGGUUAUGAUGAUGAUAAAGAGGAAUUAGAAUGUACUGAUGACGAAAGGAAUAUAAUGAAAACAGACAAAUGUGAUAAAGAUAUGAAAACGAAUAAAAAACUUAAAAAGCCGGGCCUUCCAAGAAGAACGGACGAAGAGAAGAAAUGUAAAAAGGAGAGACAGUCGAAAAGAAUGAAAUUUCGGCUACAACCAGGUGAUUAUAAAAAAGAUGGCGACAGAGUGGUGUGCAGCCAUUGCGAGAGGGUUUACUACAAGAUAUGCUCGCUCAGAUUCCAUAUAAAGACGAAGCAUUACAAAAUUCCACAGUACAAGUGUUCUCAUUGCUCGAAAGAGUUCAUGACAUUGGCUCCGUUCACAAUACAUAAGCUGGAAGAACACAAUAUAGACGAAAGAUUCAAUUGUAACGCUUGCAAAGGUAAAAAAACGAGUUUCGACGAACAUUACACUCUCAAAGAAGACUGCGACGGCACACAGUAUAUAUGCAAAAUUUGCUCUAAUUCAUAUAAAAAACGCGAUUUUUUCAAACAACACUACCGUCAUGUUCAUUUGAAACAGCGGCCAAAGUUGAUCGGAUGUUACUACUGUGCAGAAAAAGUCACAGCUCACAUGAGAGCAAGUCAUCUAGAAAGAGUCCAUGGUGUUCCGGCACCUACCUGCGGGGCUUGUGGGAAAAAAUUCUCAUAUCCUUUCCAAGUUUUACGCCAUCAAAAAACCUAUCAUAUGGGGGAAAAGAAGUACGUGUGCAAAAUUUGUGACAAAACGUUCGCGACGAGUGGCAAUUUAGCUCAGCAUGAGGUGAAGCAUUCGUCAGACAGACCGUUCAAAUGUGAUUUUUGUGAGGAGACUUUCAAAUGGAAGAAGCAUUUGAGAAGGCAUGUGUUGAUACAUAUGAGUAGAAAGCAAAGU